ACGUUAAUCUCACGUUAACGUAAGUACACAGCCUACCUGUACUAGAAAACAACUGGCUAGCUAGCUAGAGAGACUGCAAAAACAUCUACAUAUAUAUACAUACAGCUUUCGUUUUGAAUUCUUGAAAGAAAAGAGAGAGAUCAGAGGGAGAGAUGUCGACGGUCGUGGGAACGAUGGAGGUGACGCUGGUCAACGCUCGAGGUCUCAAAAACAAUGAGUUCUUGGGUGGGGGUAUUGAUCCGUAUGUUUUGAUUCAGUAUAGAGGCCAAGAGCACAAGAGUUCUAUUGCUCGAGGAGAAGGCAGUAACCCAACAUGGAAUGAGAAGUUCAAUUUCAGGGUGGAAUUUCCAGUUGCAGAUGAUGAGUACAAGCUUCUCCUCAACAUUAUGGAUCAUGACACCUUCUCCGAGGAUGACUAUCUUGGACAAACCACGGUUCACUUGAAGGAGGUGUUUGAGUUGGGGAUUGAGAAUGGGACAUAUGAACUUCAUCCUCACAAGUAUUCUGUGGUUGGCAGUGAUCAAUCUUUUUGUGGAGAAAUUCAAGUCGCUAUUUCUUUUUCUCCAAAGGGAUCGGUUGAUACAGAGGAAUAUGGUGGAUGGAAGGAAAGCGACUAUUAACUCCAUAGUUAACAAGUAAUUGAAGUUGUUUUAAUUUGGGUGUGAUCAAACUUUUUUUUUUUUUAAUGGUUGUAUUGAGUUCCUUUUUCCUUUUACUUGUAAUUAUAAAUUGUAAAUGAUGUCAUUUUAAUUGCUUGUUGAGAUUGAAUUUCUCUCUUCCUC